AUGGCGUCCGAACGCCUCGCUGUGGCCUUUCGGGUGGUUUUGGCAGAGUUCUGUUGCCCCGAGCGACCUCUCAUUAUUCUUGUCGAUGACAUUCAGUGGGCCGAUCCCAGUUCGCUGGAUCUGCUCGCCAUGUUGGCCAACAACAAUGAUAUAUCCAAUUUACUGAUUGUCGGAUGUUUUCGAGAUGACGAACAGGCACACAUCAAUUGA